AUGGAAAGCAGAGAGGAGAUGGUGAUGCUGCCGGAGGGAAGCCAGCUUGGCAAGAGCGCCUCUAAUUUGACGGAAGCCAUCGGGAGCCCCGCGCGAGAACCGCAGGGGAAGCCGGGCCACAGGAGCUGUCUGAGCCCCGGCGCUGCGCCCUUCUCCCGGGACAGGACGGAGGUGGUGAUGGAGGAGAGCGCAAGGAGGAAUAUGUGCGCCGAUAUGAGGCCAGUCGGCACGUCUUCCUCCGGAGAGCGGCACCGGAUUGAUCAUCACCACAAAGACGGCAGCAGCUCAGACACCGAGUCGGACUUCUACGAGGAAAUUGAUGUCAGCUGCACGCCUGAAAGCAUGGACUACCCCUCAGCUAAAGGUCGAAAUGUGGAUUCUCCUGGCCAUCAUCCAAAUGAGACCGGUUCUGACCCGGGAACGAAUGUCCCGGGUCAGGGCUCUCUGUCCUACUCCGCGGAUCAGAUUCGCCGGUACCGGACCGCGUUCACCCGGGAGCAGAUCGCACGGCUGGAGAAGGAGUUUUACCGGGAGAACUACGUGUCCAGGCCGCGGAGAUGCGAGCUGGCGGCCGCCUUAAAUCUACCUGAGACCACAAUCAAGGUGUGGUUUCAGAACCGCAGGAUGAAAGACAAGCGCCAGCGCCUGGCCAUGACGUGGCCUCACCCCGCCGACCCGGCCUUCUACACCUACAUGAUGAGCCACGCGGCCGCCACGGGCAACCUGCCCUACCCCUUCCCGUCACACCUGCCGCUGCCUUACUACUCCCACCUGGGUGUCGGAGCCGGCUCGGCUCCGGCCGCCAGCGCUUUCCCCAAUCCCCUGCGCUCCCUCGACAGCUUCCGGAUGCUGUCUCACCCCUACCAGAGGCCGGAGCUGCUGUGCGCCUUCAGACACCCCUCCCUGUACCCGGGUCCGACCCACGGCCUCGGCCCAGGAGGAAGCCCCUGCUCCUGCUUGGCCUGUCACUCCAGUCAAUCCAACGGGAUCUCCACCAGGCCCUCCGCCUCGGACUUCGCUUGCUCCCCAACCAGCAGGACUGACGCUUUUGUCACUUUCACGCCUUCAGUUCUCAGCAAAUCCUCAUCUGUGACUUUAGACCAGAGGGAAGAAGUGCCUCUGACCAGAUAAAACCAAAACAACUCUCCCUCUACAUCAGCCUUUAACUAAGCGUUUUAACACAUUAUAUGAUCAGGACUGAAGCAGCAUGAAGAGGUAGCCUGUGAGCAGUGAAAGACAGCUUAAAAACUUGGGCCAAGAUAAUUAGUCAGAUCUUCAGCUAUGUGACGCACAACGGAUCUCCCAUUACUGCAAAAAUAAUAAUCCCACAGCAGAGCCAGGACAGUGGGCUGAAAUAUGGCGGCAUGGACACGAAAGCUGAUUUGAUUUUUAGAGGAAUAAUUUGUUGUGUGAGAGUGAGAGAGGAGGGGAAACGUUUAAACAUCCCGUGAUGGAUGGCGCAAAGGUUUUUCACCGUUACUUGUCGCGUCUUUACGCGUCCAAAUGGACCUCCAUGUAUUGUUAGUUACGCGAGAAUGAUGCUUUCCAUCUCUCUUUUUUAACAAGGGGAUUUGUUAACAGACUGCGGGGCCGUCCUCAUUAUAAAGCAGCUCUCCACACGCGGGGCCCUCCUCCUCCUCCACCUCCUCCUCCUCCUCCU